UGCCGGGGCCAGCUGGGCGAGCUCCAUGGUUGUCCAUCUCUAUUAUGUGGGGAUUUUCAUUGUUUAGUGGUGCUGUGUCCAAAAUAAUGCACAAAUAGAACGCAAAAGGCUUUGGGAGAAGAGAAUUAAUUCGUAGAAAUGGCUACGCUAGUCAAGCCCAAAAAGGAGAAGACGAAAAAACAGCGAAGCGACAGGCAGAUUCCAAAAGAGGAAGAGGAGGAAACUGCUCAGUUAUCAACAAGUAACGAUGAACAAAGAGAGGAGGCGCCGGAGAAUGUAUCGCUGCUGGAGGAAUUGGAACGGGUAGCCGCUUUGGCCAGCAGCAGCAGUGGCGCGGACAUAAUUAGCCACGACUGUUGCAUUUCCAGCGAUGUGAGGGAGCAACCCGAGGAAAGCGUCGCAGAGGUGGAACCGGAAGUUGAAACUCAAAUUGAAACCGAACCAAAUGCCCCAAGUGCCCCACCCUCGACCACCAAUGUCGUGCCUCACAUUGUGCAGUAUCCCAAUCUGCUGCCGAUGCAUGUCUCCAAUGCCCAAGUAGAGGAGCAGAGUGCAAAGAUUGUCUACCGAUUGCAGUCGGAGACACAAGCCUCGGGUUUUGCUCUGGCCAGGAGCAAUGUGAAGCCCCUUAGCGAUGAGCAGCUGCGUCAAAUCUACAACUGCCCCGAUCUGGAGCUGGCAAAGCAAUUUGAGCUGGAGUUCCUUAUGAACUCGCUGCUAGAGUCCAGCGAGGCCGAUCCCUUGUACUCAGCCCUGCAAGAGUACUACGAGCUACAAGGCAAGAUCACCUCGAACUUGCACGACGUAAAAAAGUGGCGCAAAAACUGCGGAGUAUCGCAAAGACAAAUCUGGAAAAAAGAGUCCGUGACACGAAGCUUUAGUGGUACUUGCGGAGAUGGGAAUGUAGUGCAAGAGAACGUCACAUUCGAAAUCAUACAGGUUGAUCCGGUGAAGCUUGAGUUGGCCAAAACCUCUCUAACAAGCCUUUACGACCUGGUCUGCCACACGUACACUAACAACCUGAUCACCGCCAAGAUAACCAAAGUGAAGGUCGACCAAAUUAUCAACGACUUGCUAUCUUAUCCCCAUGCGGAUGGCCCGCAGGAGAUCUCCUUGAACAAACUCCAAUCUGGAGCGGCCUUGGAGUGUGUUUCCCAGUUGCGAAGAGCCAUCUCCAUACUGUUCUGUUUCAUAAGGCGACCCAGUCCAAAUGCGAAUUUCGACACAGACCUAAAGCAAUGGCUGCGUCAACUAAUUGCCUUGCAAUUGAUUCUGGCCACCAGAGAGGAUCACUGGUUCCUGCUCUUUAAUAUUUUGCGAUGCCCCAAUGGCGUAGGCUCCUGGGCCGCCCAGUUUUUACAGCUGCCGGGAAUGCAGAUUGCUCCACGCAGCUCUCAGAAAAAUGACCUGCCGUUGGAUCUAAACUCCCCAGAACUGAAUCACUGCAUGGCUGUGCUUCAGAUCCUGCUGAUGCCGGUGAAAAAGAGAAACGAAUACCUAAAGGGCCAGGCACAAGCGCAUCGCGAGCUUUCAGAGGCAACAGGUACCACCGAACGGUGGAUCGUGGUCGACUCCGAUGGGGAGGACUCGCACACACCAGCUGGGGAAUGCAUUGGAUUGAAGGAAAGCGAUCUAAUUGCUUUGCUGAACCAACUGCCGUUUGAAAAGAUCUUUAUAUCGGCCAUGCGCAUAGAGAAGUUUCUAGACGACUACAUCCUGGAACCGGACAUGAUCACUGCCCAGAGCAUGCUGGCUGUGGUGGUGUUCUUUUCCCAGUUAGUCAAGAUACUGGGAGAGGGACUGCUGACUUACAACAACGAAAGAUACAAGCAACUGGCCAAGAGACUGGGUCGUUUAGUGCGCCACACUCUACAGUAUAUCUUCGACUACAACGAACUGUUUCUAAACAACAACAGACCCAAAUCGACCGAGCUGUUCGAACGUAUUCAAGUGGAACUGCAGGCUCUGCUUAUCCGAGCUUGCGGUUACAUUUACCGCACUCGCAAUCUGGGAACCUGGCAGUACUUCUCCACCCUACCCUUUGGCACCUUGGACACCGAGGUUGUGUGGCACCUGUUCUACUACCUAAACGUGGGCUUCCCCAUCGAUUUGUCAAACGAUUUGGUCGGCAAUGCCGAGGCUGCCUUCCAGUCGGAUGACUUUUGGGCUAAGUUCGAUUUGGCCAACGCGGACGUGGCUCCGGACGACAUGUACUAUCUGCUGCAGACCUUCUUCGAGAUGGCCAACGACCGCAAUCGCAGUAAAGACGCCAACUUAGUCAAAGCCAUCUGCCUUCACAUUUUUCACAUCGGCUAUAUACAUCGCUCGACGCGGGAGUUUUGCUACAAGGCGGCGCGAGAUAUGUUGGUCAACUUGAUGGACGAAAACCUGAUGGGCUGCCUGCUGGUGCAGAUUAAGAUGCGCUACGGGGAGGUGGACCAGGCGGCGUAUCUGUUCAAGGCACUGCCCCUUGAAAACUGGCAUCCUAGCAUGGACAGCUUCGAGGUUCUUUCCAAUUGGCUUCUCCACUUUGAUUAUCAGUCCUCGGAGAGCCACUUGGCCCGUCUAAUUAUCAGUCAUUUGAAUUGGGGUCUGGACGUGGAGGGUCGUCUCUUCCUGCCCCACAACAUUCAUGUUCGGAUGGCUCACCUGGUGAACGAGGCCUUAAACAAGUUUGCUCCCGAAGUAAUUGGCGCUUCCGGAAUCUCUGAGAGCGUGCGCCAAGUCUCCUCGCUGAUCGACUCCACCCAGACGAGUCGGGAGCAGUUCACUAACUGGUGCUGGCGUAUGAUCUCCCUGCUGCGGCUGCAUCUUAUGGACCAAGGGGUGGAGUCUGUGAAGAGAACCCUCUUGCAUCCCACGGAACCACUAAUGUUUAUACCCGAGCUGGAGCGCAUGGACAUAAUAUUCCAAGGGGUCACGGAGAAUCGCCCGCUGGCUUUGUAUGUGGGCAUGCUGGUCAGUUUGCAUGGCCAUUCCAUUCCCCUCAUCUGCCAGCACGGAUUCAACCUGCUGCAGCAACUACUGCUGGAUCACAGACACGCAGCCACCAUUCGAUGCCUUGAGCUAAUUGUGCCCUUAUUUUUAGAAACUCCUGAAACGCUGGCCACUUGCGAAAGCUUUCAGAGACUCUUGGCUACCCUGCUUAAUGCGGACAGAACUUACUUGAAACUGGCCAAGGACAUGGUCUAUGCGAACUCCAUCGGUCCCAUCCUGGAACUCCUAGACAACAUGCUUCAUCACCAGAUUGUUUCCUACACAAGCUUUGGCCUCUGCUCGCCUCUUAAUCUGUUGAAUAUUUGGCUCAAUUGCUUCACAACCCUACCUGGCUGGGCACAAAACUCGAAUUUAUUGUACCUUCUCGACCGGAUGCUCCGCAUUUCCUACCAAUUCCCCGAUUGCCGUGCUCAGGCCGUAGAGUUUUUCUACAAUUAUUACAAGGACUGCACAGAUUGGAAAUCAGCUCCCAAGGGCUCUGCUCUGAAAGCAUUUUUCGGCGGGCAGGCAUCUUCUCGAAUUCCGCAGAUCUCACCGCAGACUUGUUGGCUAAACCUGGUGCUCCUAGAGAUUGAGUUUCGCCUGGUGGACACGCGAGUAUGGCCUGAGUUACUGCGUCAGGUUUCCGCCCAGCCUGUAGAGGCGGCUCUUAAGAAAACCCUGUCCUUGGCCAAGGUGAACUCUUUUCCUGCCAGCCAACUGGUGAUCUACAAACAGGCCCAGCUACUGGCCAGCAUGGAGAGCAACCAUGCCCUGUUUCCCAUCGUCUGCCAGAAGUUCUUCGAACUCUAUCUCUGGCGGGUGCCGACAGAGAACGAAUCGCUGAACUUCAGUCAGAACUUCGGGGUGUCCGACAAGUUCUACGAACACAAUGUGCCUUUGAUGAAGAGUAUUAAGUCGCAACUGAAGUCCGCCGAAUCGUACCACUCAGCCCUGGCCACAAAGUGCGCCAAUGACGACGCUAUGGCCCACUUUCAUCGCAGCUGCUCCAAGCUGAUGCAGAGUUGUGCGCUGUGGCUGGAAGAUACGCAAAUAAAUCGAUUCACCAGCGACGCGGAGCAACUGCCGGCGCAGUACAAUUGUGAGAAGCUGAGGGAGUUACUGGGCGGUCAUGUGGCACACUGGACGGAGUUCCUCUGCCUGGCCACGCUGCGAAAGGAGCAGAGGAACCAAGCCGAUGUUUGGGGUCGCAAGGUGCUUAGACUGGCCAACCAGAAGGCACCCAGGACACCAGUGCAACCGAAGCCACGAACUCCUCCUGCGCAGCAUAUCAAAACUCUAUUGAAUACUUACGAAAAGAGCGUAGCCAUACCUGGCCAUGAACGAAUUGAACCCAUCCAGACGCCUCCUAUCGAUGGAGACCUUCUUUCCGAGCUUAAGAAACGGAUGAGCACCUUCAACUCCACAGCCAACCACUAUCAUUACAAGACCUCGGAGCUGAACUCCCUGAACUUAAACUACUUGGAGAGCGUUCCGGGCUUGUACCAGAUGGUUCCCUACGAGGAAACCCGCAGGAAGGAAUGCACUUCGCUGAUUUUUCAUCGAAGUUGCACGCGGGCAGCCCAGAUCACACUGAAGCCAGAACACAUACGCAUUAAUGAAGUUGUUUCCCGGAAGCUGAACGAGAAUCGAGAGAGACACGAUAAACUCGUGGAGGAACUGCUGGCGGCCAUGAAUGUGGAUAGUUUCGCACAGGCCAUCGAGGAGUUUGGCGUCUAUAUAGGUGCCAUUCUGCUGGCUCCCAUGGAGGCGAAGGUUGUUGAGUUGGGAGUGAAGAGUUUCUAUCAGUUGGUGGACAACCUCAACGAGGUUACCAUGAAGUUCCAGCCCACGCAUGACUUGUAUUUUCAGGUCCUGGAUAAGCUAGGAAUUUUCUUGCAAGCAGACCAAGCGGCCCAGGGCUUGAGUGUGCUGCGACUGGCCCUCAAAAGACCUGAUCUCCUAGAGCUUCUGGCCGGCGUAUUUGUGCCCAGUCGCACCGACGUGACGCACUUUCUUCCCAUGUACGAGUUCCUCGUUGAUUCCCACCUGAAACGCUGCGACACGCAGACCCUGUUUGUGCUUUUCUCAAAGUUCGAUCUGCUGGGGUGGUUGGAAGUCUAUCAGCCCAAGCUCAACGAGAUCAACCGCCUCCUGUUGUUGGUGCUACAGGGCUUGCAGGCAUGGUCGCAGCCGGAUAGCAGCCUGCUGCAAGAUCUUUUCCGCCGGCACCUGGUUCACAUCUUCGGCUACGACUUCCCCCAGCACUACGGGGAAGUCAUGCAGUUGGUGCUGGAUCGCACCUCGGAUCAAAAGCUAAUGCCGGUGGUCCUAGUGGACUUGCUCAAUGCCCUGUUCGUGCGCUGCAACUGUCCGGAGCUGUCGCUGGAGGACUCCGAAGUGAGAGUGCACGAGGUGGCCCUGGACUUUGCCCGGCGGCAGAAGCUCUUCAAUCUGAAAGCUGCUACGGACACCUUGUUGCUUUUUUCGCGGCAUUUUCAGAAGGAGCGGCUGCACCAUGGGCUGCAUGGCUUGUACCCCAAACACAAGGACUACUGCCAACCGCUCGUUAUGUGGUUCACCAGUUUCGGCCACGUUCUGUUGGCAUCCGCCAUUUGCAGCUACCAGGAACUGCUAGCCGACCAGAUUAGCGACAUUGUCUUUGGGUCCAUCGUGGAGACGUACGGGCCAUGGCUCAUUCCGUACACAGAGCAGACCGCCUCUGGAGUGGCCCAUUGGAUAAGGCAGCUGACGCCGGGGCAGAGCAAGGUGCUCUUGCCGUGGAGCGAACAGCAGGUGGGCAGCAGCAAGCUGAUGAUUCGUUCCUUCGUGGCCACCACGUUGCAGGUGUUGCAGUUCCUGCCUUCGUCGAACAAGAUCCUGGAGCACGUCUUCGCCUGGUAUGUGCAUCACUUUGCCCAGCCCAAUAUAGCAGGCUAUGUGCUGGCUCCCAUCCACGAGGGAUUGGCCCAGCUUCCGUGGCAGCGCUUCCUACCUCCGGCUCAGCAUAUUGAGCUUCUGUACGAGAGCCUCCAACGCUUUCUGCCAGAGUCUCAUGCCAUGCUGGGACACAUCUUCAUCCGCGUUGAUUGGAACAACUGGUUCUCCCAGAUGCCCCAGCCGGUGGCUCUGCUGUCCCAUCUCUUUGGCAUCUUUGUCAAGAUAGCCUUCGAACCGAACAUUCACAUCCAGCCCAAUACGAGCCGAAUUCUCGAGGAGGCCAUUCAGUAUCCGUGGCACUUGGUGGAGUACAGCGAACUGGAGCUGUUGCUCAAGUGGUUUGUGGCCAGUGUGGAGCCGGCAAUCGUGCUCAAGCUGCCCAACGAGACAAACUACGCCGACCGUGCUGUUUUGGAACUCAUUCGCUUGGCUUGUGCCAUGUUGCCAGAGCGCUCCACCCAGGAUGCCAUUGUCCUGGGAUCCGCCAAGCGCAUGUUGUACACCCGGUCCAUGAUCCGCUUGCAGCGAGCCGGAGGAGCCAAACACAAGAAGCUCAUGAUGACCAAAGAUGGGGAGCGCUUCUUCACGGACGCGUUCCUGGAACUCCUGAACAGCAUUGACCGGGCCAUUCACAGCUGCAGUGAACACCGCACUCCGGAGGAGCAACGACGGGAGGCCCUUAAUCUGAUGCUGGAGCUAGUGGCGCCCACCCAGACCCAGAGCCAGGAGGUGUCCAACAUCCACAUCAAGGCUCUUGUUUGGUGGCAGCAGCGAUGCGCCCCCGGCAACCUGGUCAUGUGCUCAACUCUUCCGGCUAUUGGCCACCUCAACAACUACAUCGCGAGCAUAUACACCUUGCUGGAGUCCAGCGUGGAAAGCUACUUUCGCACCUCCUUAGAGAGUGCCCCGUGGCACGCCCCGAGUUGGCGGGGCCUACUCGAGUCCCUGAGCAUGUCUCUGCCGAAGCUGGAUCUAAUGCCCAUCAUGCAGGGUGGCUACCUCUUCUCGCUGCACGUCUUCGUGGUGCACAAGAUGGAGGAGAUUGCAACGGAUGGCGACAAGGUGACGUUCCUGCAGGACCUCACCCAGUUGCUGGAGAGUGUGAAGACUACGCCUGUGACGGAACCCCGCUUGGCACUGGUGUGGGGAGUGAUCAUUUCACGGGGCUGCCAGAUCCUCCAGGUCAACCAGCAGGUGAAGAAGCCACUUUUUAUGCUCGCCCGGCAGCUGCAGGUUGCAUCAACAAAAGCCGAGGGCUGGAGCGAUGGAUUGCUGGGCGCGAUUGGACUCAAAUCGGAGGUCAUCACCAACAGACGGAAAGUCCUAACCCGCUGCUUGGCCUGCGUCAUAUUCUCCUUGUUUCCGGCCAGCCGGGAUCUGCGCUUGCCCUCGGAGGAGUACGAGAGCGGCAUGCGCGAGCUGUCCAUGCUCUUGGCUAACAAGAAGUUCUCGGAGGAGAAGCCCGGGAUCGUGCGAGCCGUGACCCUGCUGAAGGAGUCCGUCUUUCCUGAACCGCGGUCGGUGUCGCAUCUGGUCUGUCGGCUGAUUGCAAUAUUCUACGAACAGAGCUACUUGACAACCAUUCCGGAGAUCUGGGACUUUGACUUCAAGCUAAGCUCCACGUAGCUCGGGGAGCAGGCGACGAAAUCCUCUCAUCCAAACAGCCAGUUGUGUUAUUUCCAGAGUGUUAAAUAUCAUAUAUCUAGGUUUAGGGCUAAUAAAGUGAUGAAUUUUGUGCAAUUUUGCCAAACAACAA